CACAAUUCACAGCAAAUGAGAGUAACGCCCCCUUGCAAUAUGGCCGCUGCCGGUGAUAAUGAAAACAAUGACAAUGAGCUUUUAUUAGUUGACGAUUUUGCAUGUUUAGACGUAUUUGAAAGCGAUUCUGAUUCCACGUCGAAAAGGCCAACUUGCCAAAGAUGCAAACGUCCUCUGACAGUUUGCUUGUGCCCUUUUCUCCCACGUGAGCCUUUAGAAAUCAAAACAACCAUUUAUAUUCUGCAGCAUCCCUUUGAGGAAUCUCGGUGUCUGCGAACUGUUCCCAUCCUGCAGAACAGCGUCCCCGCAGACAGGUGCCAGAUUUUCCGAGGGAAACGUUUCUCCAAGUCAAGAUUUCCUGAUCUGGUUCCCAUCUUGGAGUCUGCCAACACGGUUCUCCUGUACCCCGGAGAUGACGCGGUGGACAUCAGCGAACUGCCCACUGGUCAGACCUACAACCUGGUCCUACUGGACGGCACCUGGGCCCAGGCCAAGGGGAUCUACACACAGAACGAGUACGUCCGGAACAUGAGGAAGGUGAAGAUCAGAGCCGAGCAGAAAAGCAAAUACGUGAUUCGCACUCAGCCUUCUGAUACAUCGCUAUCAACUCUUGAAACAGCAGCCAUUGCUGUCGCUACCCUGGAAAGAAAACCAGAGAUAGCAGAGACGUUGCUGCAGCCGCUUGUGGCGCUGUGUGACUUCCAGCUGCAACACGGCGCCACCACCCACCAGAGCCGGGAGUACCAGAUGGAGCACGGACUCUGGACCAAGCCCAUGUCCAGGGCUGACCACAGGAAGCUGGCCAAGAAAUGUGCCGGAGAGCAGGGGUCACCUGGUACGUGAAAGUGAUUGGUCAUAGCCGGACAAGUGCACAGUGUGUGUAAAAGUGGAUCCAUGUAUGGAUGUAUGUAUGUGUGGGAAAUUUCAAGUUGCAGUCAGUAUUAUUUGUACUUGUAGUUGUAGAGGGUGUGAUGGCGGAGCGGUUAGUGCGCUCAUCUCCAAAGCGGAAAGUCCGGGUGCGAGCCUCGGUUCGGGCAGGGAUUUUUCCGCCCCUCCUGCCCACCCACAGGUAAAGGGUACCUGACUUCGAGUUGGGGAAGUAAAGGGGGAAUGGAAAGGAAC